UUGCAGCCUGAGUCUGGAAAGCAUCUUGGUCUUCUUGAGAAAAAGAAAGAUUAUAAGUUACGUUCAAGGGUCUAUCAUGUCAAACAAAACAAGCUCAAGAAGUUGCAGAAAAAAGCCUUGAAUAGAAAUCCUGAUGAAUUUUGCUUUCAUAUGAUUAAUUCAGAAAUACAAGAUGGUUUUCACUAUGAAAAAGAAAAGCCGGAAGAGCACACUGAAGCUCAGUUAAAAUUGAUGAAAACACAAGAUGCUAAUUAUGUUAACUACAAAUUAAGCACAGAACUUAAAAAAAUUGAGAAACUAAAAAGUGCAUUAGCAGUAUUAGAUGUUGAGGAUAAGCCUAAGAAUGUCCAUACAUUUUACGUAGAUUCAAAAGCAGAAGCCAAAACAUUUGAUGUGGCAAAACGUCUAAAUACCCUUCCGGCACUGUUAGAUAGAGCAUACAACAGAUUAACAGUAGAUGCUCUUAGAAAGAUGAAACUGUAUGAAAAUUUAGAUGAUGAAAGUCUUAGGAAAGCUUCAAAGCACAUGAAUCAGCAAUACAAUGAAUUAUCUAAAAGGAUAGAGAGAGCAAAAGAACUAUUAGUCUUAAGACAGAAACUGGAUGUGAAAAAGAAGUUAUUGAAUAAGAACGAUCCCCUAGCCAAACUUGUGAAAGAAGGUAGUAAAACAUCUGCACCAGUCUACAUAUGGAAAAAGGAACGAAAAAGAUGAAUAAAAUAAUUUAUAACUUACUUUUCAGUUUUCUGUAGGUCAAAUUUCUGAUAUGAAUUUAGACAUUUUCAUUCAAAGAAACCUUUUAACUUGGAAAUGCUAGCAAUAAAAUAAGACAUUGUAUGCUCU